AUGUCUAGCCAGCCUCUCCUCCAGACCGCUCCCGGCAAGCGCAUCGCCCUGCCCACGCGCGUCGAGCCCAAGGUCUUCUUCGCCAACGAGCGUACCUUCCUUUCGUGGCUCAACUUCACCGUGAUCCUCGGCGCCCUCGCCAUCGGCAUGCUCAACUUUGGUGACCGCCCGGCGUUCAUUAGCGCCUUCCUCUUCACAGGCGUCGCCAUGCUCACCAUGAUAUACGCCCUCGCGACGUAUCACUGGCGUGCCAAAUCCAUUCGCGUCCGCGGCCAGGCCGGCUUCGACGACCGCUUCGGCCCCACCUUCCUGGCCAUCAUCCUGCUGCUGGCCGUUGUCGUCAACUUCGUUCUGCGCAUAACAUACUCGUCCAAGGAGGGCCAGCACUAA